GCGGUCGACACUUUUUUACUGCACCCAUUCGGCGUAUUUAUCGCCCGAAUUUGUCUGCCAAGCUAAAGAUGAGUGUGGUUGGAUUUGACUUUGGGAACGAGAGUUGCAUUGUCGCCGUUGCAAGGCAAAGGGGGAUCGAUGUUGUGCUCAAUGACGAGUCCAAACGUGAGACUCCUGCAAUUGUUUGCUUUGGGGAGAAGCAGCGGUUUAUUGGGACCGCAGGAGCUGCUUCUACUAUGAUGAACCCCAAAAAUUCUAUUUCCCAGAUAAAGCGAUUGAUUGGACGGAAAUUUUCAGAUCCCGAACUGCAGAGGGAUCUGCAGUUAUUGCCUUUCCAAGUCACUGAGGGCCCCGAGGGUUAUCCUUUGAUACAAGCAAGGUAUCUCGGAGAAGCAAGGACAUUCACACCUACCCAAGUACUGGGUAUGAUGUUCUCGAAUCUCAAGGAUAUUGCUGAGAAGAAUUUAAAUGCGGCAGUGGUGGAUUGUUGCAUUGGGAUUCCGGUUUACUUUACGGACCUCCAGAGAAGAGCAGUCCUUGAUGCUGCUACUAUUGCAGGCUUACACCCUCUUCAGUUAAUACAUGAGACCACCGCAACUGCCCUGGCUUAUGGUAUCUACAAGACCGAUUUGCCUGAAAGUGACCCGCUUAAUGUUGCGUUUGUUGAUAUCGGUCAUGCAAGCAUGCAAGUCUGCAUUGCAGGCUUCAAGAAAGGACAGUUAAAAGUCCUUGCUCACUCUUAUGAUCGGUCAUUGGGCGGCAGAGAUUUUGAUGAGGUUUUGUUCCACCAUUUUGCUGCGAAAUUUAAGGAGCAAUACAAGAUCGAUGUUUUCCAGAAUGCUAGAGCUUGUCUUCGGCUUAGGGCUGGCUGUGAGAAGAUCAAGAAAGUUCUCAGUGCAAAUCCGGAGGCGCCUCUAAAUGUUGAGUGCUUGAUGGAUGACAAGGAUGUCAGAGGGCAUAUCAAGAGGGAUGAGUUUGAACAGAUCAGUGCCCCAAUUUUGGAGCGAGUGAAAGGACCUCUGCAGAAGGCUCUUGCAGAAGCUGGUCUUGCAGUCGAGAAUGUACAUAUGGUUGAGGUCAUCGGUUCUGGAUCUCGUGUUCCUGCUAUCAUUAGGAUUUUGACGGAAUUUUUCGGGAAGGAGCCUAGGCGAACAAUGAAUGCGAGCGAGUGUGUUGCCAGGGGGUGUGCUUUGCAGUGUGCAAUCCUUAGCCCGACCUUCAAAGUGCGAGAAUUCCAGGUCCACGAAAGCUUUCCAUCUUCUGUUGGCUUGUCAUGGAAAAGUUCUGUACCAGAAAGUCAGGAUGGGGCUGCAGAAAAUCACCAAACAACCAUUGUCUUCCCCAAAGGAAAUGCAAUGCCUAGUAUCAAGGCUUUAACAUUCUACAGAUCGGGAACAUUUGCUGUUGAUGUCCACUACACUGAUGGCAGUGAACUACAAGCUUCUUCUAAGAUCAGCUCAUACACGAUUGGCCCUUUCCAAUGUGCGAAAAGUGAACGAGCAAAACUGAAGGUCAAAGUCCGAUUAAAUCUCCAUGGAAUCGUGUCUAUUGAAUCCGCAACACUCUUGGAAGAAGAGGAAGUUGAACUUCCAGUCACGAAGGAUGUGGUAGCACAAGAAACGAACAAGAUGGAUACUGAUGAAACCUCUAAUGCUGCUGCUCCCCCUACUUCUGGUGAGGCUGAUGUUAACAUGCAAGAUGCAAAGGGAACUGAUGCUUCUGGUGUAGAAAAUGGUGUCCCCGAGACAGGAGAGAAGCCUGUGCAGAUGGAAACUGAUAGCAAGACUGAGGCUCCAAAGAAGAAGGUAAAGAAAACAAAUGUUCAUGUGACUGAGCUGGUAUAUGGUGCAUUGUUAUCGGGAGACUUGCAGAAGGCAGUUGAGAAGGAAUUCGAGAUGGCCUUGCAAGAUCGUGUCAUGGAAGAGACAAAAGACAAGAAAAAUGCUGUGGAAGCUUAUGUGUAUGAUAUGAGGAACAAGCUGAACGACAAGUACCACGACUUUGUCAUGGAUCCAGAAAGAGAGCAGCUCAUGUCUACACUUCAGGAGGUGGAGGACUGGUUAUAUGAGGAUGGUGAAGAUGAAACAAAAGGUGUCUAUGUUGCCAAGCUUGAGGAACUGAAGAAGCAAGGUGAUCCGAUAGAAGAGCGUUACAAGGAACACACAGAAAGAGGAUCAGUGAUAGAUCAACUUGUUUAUUGUAUAAAUAGCUAUAGAGAAGCAGCGGUUUCGAAUGAUUCAAAAUUUGAUCACAUCGAUGUCUCUGAGAAGCAGAAGGUCUUGAACGAAUGUGUCGAGGCAGAAGCCUGGCUAAGAGACAAACGGCAGCAACAGGAUUCUCUUCCCAAAUAUGCCCCUCCAGUUCUUUUGUCAGCUGAAAUGAGGAAGAAAGCAGAGUCUGUGGACAGGUUUUGCCGGCCAAUAAUGAUGAAACCAAAGCCCGCCAAGCCUGUUGCUCCUGAGACUCCUCCUCGGCCUGCUCAGGGUGAGCAGCAACCUCGAGGCGAUGUCAACACCGAUGCUAAUGCAAGUGCUGAUACUGAUGCUGGAACUGGUGAUGUUCCGCCUGCUUCAGGGGAGCCGAUGGAAACGGACAAGUCCGAGGCACCUCCAUCUGCUUCUUAGAGUUGCUUGAUGUAGCAGCACAACAGGUGUUAGUGGAUUGUGUAAGAAUUCUCUCGUUUGAACCUCAGAACCUCCAGCUGGUGUAGGGUGGAGAGGUUAUAUGAAGCCUCAUUUAUAAUUAUUUGUACCUGUAAAGCCUUUUCUGAGAAUUUUGUCAGAAGGGUGGUCUCCAAAAUCCUAUUUUUUUGCAGGGUUUCUUAUAGACGAAGUUAUGGAUUCUCUCCCUACUGAUUUUCACUUUCCUUUCUCGGUAUGGCUGAUGCGUUGUGGCAUCUGUACUGUUACUUGUUACUGGAUUUUGUUAAUGUUAAGAUCCAAUUUUGCACUCA